GCAAGGCCUUUCUUUUCUUUUGUUCUUCUUUCUCAAGAAAAUCAAUUGCUUUCUCAUUCUUUCAAAGAUUUUCUCACUUUUCCUUCAACAAGUUCUAGACUUUUUCUCUCUCUUUUAGUACCUUCUUUUUUGUUUGUAAACAAUCUUUUCUUUUCUUUUUUGUGUCAAGAGAUGGCACAAAUUGAAGUUGAAGGCCAAAUCUCUUUGACAAUUGAUGAUGACGAAAUUUCAGAUUGUGGGUCAGUGUCCGAUGAAACAAGCCCUCCUAGCGAUCCCUUUUGCCGUUUCAAAAGAGAUGGAUUGGUUGAAGUUUCAGAAGGGAAUCCUGAGCAUCACAUAUUGAAGGGUAGUUUUCUCGUGGGCAUGAAGCCUGUGGCUAAGCAAACCAAUGUUGUGGCAAUACACAAGAACUCUUCUUCUAGUUUGACGAGGAAAGCGAGGUUCGAUUCUUUUCGGCUUUUCAUGGAGGCCGUGGCGGAGAAGUGUGGCGGCAAUGCUCAAGAGAGGUAUGCAUGGUAUGGUGGUACGAGGGAGGAACUUCUUGAAAUCGUGAAACAUGGAUUCAGUCGCUGUGGAAAGCCUGUACAUGGUCAGUCUUAUGGUGUUGGUGUUCAUUUGGCUUCUGCCAAAUAUCCCAUGGAAGAUGCUUUAUCCUCUGAAGUUGAUGAGUAUGGGUUGAGGCAUGUUUUACUAUGCCGGGUCAUACUGGGGAACAUGGAAGUGGUUUCUCCUGGUUCCAACCAAUUUCAUCCAAGUUCUCAGAAAUUCGACUCUGGUGUCGACAAUCUAUCAGAUCCUAGAAGAUAUAUUGUGUGGAGUGCUUAUAUGAACUCUCACAUUUUUCCUACUUUCAUGAUAAGUUUCAAGGCCCCAUCCUUGAAAGACUUUCAAGGUUUGCUGCAAGCAAAUGUUCCUAGAGCAAAUGUUCCAAAACCCACAACGCCGUGGAUGAGUUUUCCUGCUCUGAUAACCAUACUUUCAAGGUUCUUAGAUCUUUCUAAAAUGGCAUUGAUCAACAAAUGCUAUAAGGAUUUCAGGGAGAGAAAGAUCAGGCGACAAGAAUUUAUACGAAAGUUGAGGAUAGCCACCGGAGACAAGUUGUUAGCUACAAUAGUUAAACGUCACAGACAAGGAGGCGUUUGAUGCUGAGUAUGUUGGUCUCUUAACUAGCCUGAGCUGCCUCUAUAAUAGAGUAUUUUCUUUAGCGAUGCCAUUUUACUUUUGAUUUGGAAAUGACUGAUAGUAUAGGAUGUUUGGUGUUGUAUCAUUUUUAGAUUUGUUAUAGUUCGCUAACAGGCCAGAUGGGCUUUCACAAUUUCUGUACAACAAUACCAAAUACUCUGAUUUGUAAUAGCCUAGAAAGUGUAAAUGAUAUAAGAACGCAAAAAAAGUUUCAUGUAUACGGUACUUUUUGUUGCGAGUAAUGUUGGUGUGGCAAUGAUAUACUCCAUAGAAA